GGCCACCGAACUGAAAUCAAGUGUAAGCCUCACAGGUAGGAAGAGAAAUCACUGAUGCUCUGUUGUAGUGAUAAGGCUUAAUUUUAUUUCCAGCCGCCAACCGGUUACCCGGUAAAAAAGGUAACCGGUUUAACCGGUUAAAUGGGCUUGAUUUCCUUCUCUUAGGAUUAGUGCACAUGUGGCUUGUUUUUACUGCGAGAGAUCUCUUGAUAAAAUAGUUGUAAAUAUAUCUUCUCUGCUUGAAUUUCUUUAGAUGCUGAUUCAAAGCGAGAUUGAUUGGCAGAUACGUUCAAGCAAUGCUAACUUAUGCUGUUUAACUGAUAACUGAACGAGUCAUAUCCAUUUUUUUCUUAGACCAGAUCGACAUGGUAUAAAGCAAAUUAUUGAACAUUAUGGACCGUUAGGACUUAUCGAAAAUAGGACUUGUGACGACACUCAUUACCCAGACAUCUGCGCGUUCCAUAAUACAGAGUCUGGAGACCAGACCCUGUCAUGUAACCCCAAGGUUUGUGGCUCGUCCGCGGUUCGAAUAUCUUCUGUUGAUCCUAAAAUGGGAAAAGCCGUGACGAAGUGGAAACGACUGUCGAAAAAACAAAUCGAUCGAACAGUUCGAACGGCCGUCAAAACCAAUUUAGAAAGAGGAUUCAGUUUUCUUUUCCUAAGAUGUGGAGAAAUUUUCCAAGUGCUCAGCUUUCCUCCGGUCUUGAAGAAAGUCGACGGCGGCAAAAAGAGAACUAAAAUCAAUUUAAAUGUAAUUCUGUUAGACUCUAUCUCCAGGCCGCAUUUUUACCGAAUUCUUCCAAGGGCUGUAAAGGCUCUGCACGAUAUUUCACACAAUCCUAAGAUUCAGGCUACCGCCUUGGACUUUGAACUUCUCCAGAGCAUCGGACAACAGACAUUUGAAAACAUGAGGCCAUUCUUCUGUGGCGUUGUCGAAGGUUAGUUGAAGAAAAUACGUUUAAAACUGAAUGGCGUGAGUUAUCCCAUCUCGUUGGCUAUGAAUUCUUUAUGUUGUACUUAUGAGAACAUGAAGAUGACAGUGAUCUUCCCGAUAAUAAACACUACUUAAGCAGCAGUCGAAAUGAUUUCAUACUUCCAUUAAGUUGUGUUCAUUACUGCGAAGACCACUCUCGCACUAAUUUAUCAUCCGCAGUUCACAUAUGUGAUUUCCAUAAAUUCACAGUCAUUGAUGAGAAAUUGUCUGUAACGUUUUCAGACGAUAACAAAGUUACUGCCUCUGCAAAAAACGCCAAAGCCUCCCUGGGUGUGAAGGUGUUGUAUGGGACCUUCAAGAAAUGGGGCUACCAGACGUUCUUUCAAGAGGAUCUUUGUUGGUAUGAUAUUUGGGGCAGUGCUUUAACAGACAUUGGUAAAAGAGCAACACCUCAGUCGGAUUCUGAGUUCAGAGAAAGGUAACAACCUGGUCCAUGCUGCAUGUUUGAUUCUGUAAUGAUGCGUUGUUUUGAUACAGGUGUUAUGUAGGUUUUUAAGGUAAUUGUUAAACUCUUUCUGCUGAGCAAAAAGGUACUUAUAAUGUAUAAGAGCCUGUGGCUGACUAACUAUAGCUUGAUCGAGGCUUGAUCUCGCCAUGCACACCUUAGUAUGAUGUUAGUAAGAUAUGUGCUUAUAGAGUUUGACUGAUACCAGGCAAGUUAAGUUCCUUUGAAUAUUUUUACCUGGGUGGGUGUCUGUGUGAGUUCACACAACAACCAAAGAUCUUCGGGGCAGAGUCAGUAUUCAGUCAAGACCACCUAUGAAAAUAAAAUCAUACCAAGAACUUAGUAAUAAAAUAGUGCUUUGGUUAUUGAAUUAUCAUAAGAAGUUAAAAAGCAUGUUUCGUUACAGGUGGAAGGAAUUUCAAGACAAGGUGGCCAAGAAACAAAUUGACCAUCAGGGUAUUACGCACUUUUCAUGCACGGCGUUAGAAAAGAUUCUGAGAAGGACCAACCCUUUUGAUUUUCCCCAGAAAAUCUGUUUAAAUGGCAGGUUUUACAGUUGGUAUUUCAUGGACUACAUAACAAAGGUGUACACGGCUCUUAGAAGCGACGAAAAAGCCAAACCUUUGCUUUCCUACACACAUUUUAAUACUGGACACGAGACUAAUGGUAAACGGAUGAUCAACAUGGACGCCAACAUGGCCAAAUUCUUCAAAGAUAUGGCUUCUUUCCCUGAUACUCUUACGUUGAUAUUAUCCGACCACGGUCACACAAGGACUCCGUUUCGUAACACAAAAGAGGGAGGCAAAGAGUUGUACGAUCCAGUAUUCUUUAUGAUUGUACCUGAUGGCAUUAAGGAAAAACUUGGUCCACGUAGGAUGAACGCGCUGGUCACAAACCAAAAGCGCCUUUUCGCGCUUAAAGAUGUACACAAAGCGUUCAUGAGUUUGUAUGAUCCUCAAAAAAUGGACUCUGAUGAUUAUUCAGUGACAGGAAUCUUUUCAGAGAUUUUAGCAAACCGCACAUGCGCAGACCUCGAUAUGCUUCCCUUGACCAGAUGUAAAUGUGAAGGUUUUAAUAAAGAAAUUGAGAUCAAAGAAAAUGCAGAUGACUACAAGUGGCUGGCAGAAUUUGCAGUUGGACAUAUAAAUAAUGCAAUACAAAGGCAACAUAGGGAAGGUAAGAUGUAAAAAUAAUGUCCGUGAGAAAACCAGAAGGAACUAGGCGGGCAGGGUGGGGAGGGGGAAGGGGUGAUACUGCUUUAAUAAGUGAUUAGACUUAAACUGUAUAUUUGCCUUAGCAUAGAGAACUUAAGUGAUGACGUAACUACCCAUGUAGAAAUGAUAACGAAUAAUGGUUGCUCAUUGGAGAUCUUUAGUAGGUCAGUGCUGCAAUUUGAGUAUAAUCACCCCCUGCCCGAUUUCGUUACGGACAUUCUUGUAAAUGUUGCAGCUUGUUUUCAAGUAAGAGUGUUCAAUCGUUGCCCAUGGAGACUUAAGUUCAACCUGACUUCUUUCCUCUUUUCAGGUAGUGCUAACUCAUCUGAGAAUUAUGGCUAUGGAAACUGUGAACGCUUAGUUGGAAAAUCGUUCUCAAAAGUGAUCAAACGUUUUCGAGGAGAAUUUAUUAUAACGAGUAUGGACAUUCACGUGUUCCCUCCAACCGGAUACAAAAAGGAUGAAGUGUUUAGAGUCUCUGUCAAACAGUUCGCUACACCGAAAGACGGAGUAUUUUUUAUAAAUUCUAUAAGAGUAACGACUUACAGCAAGUUUGCGCCUUGCGCCGACAAGUCAGUUGAUAUCAAGCUUUGCGCAUGCACCAAACAUCAAACCUCUGACCUAGCUAAGAAAGGAGUGUUGUUUGAGAAUGGUGUUCCGAGGAAAAUGUUUGGUUCGGCAACAAUUGUUAAGGAUCUGGACUCCAACUGUUUGUUGUUCUUAAGACGAGAUUACGGAACGUUUGCUUUUGCGUUAGAAGUAGCCAACGUUUGCACAGAUAUCACUUAUAGAUUUAGCAUGACAGGCUCAACGGAUCAAAGGGUUUUCACCAAGACUUUGCCAAUCUCUCUUGAGUUACCACCCAAAACCUUUCAUUUUCUAACAUCUGUUUCCAAGUAUGUCGUAAAGGUAGAUAGCGACCUUAAUCUAAAAGCAAGCAUACAUGUUAAAAACGGGGAAUCGAAUACCUUCCACUUUUUAAGAACUGCUCGGGUUUUGUAA